AAGCAUUUGCGUGUUUGCCUCCUAACCGCGUGAACUUUACUCGCCAAGAACUGUCGGUGACUGACUUUCAUGGUCAAAACCAUGUUGCUCGGGCUGAGACCAAGCAGGCUGGUGCCGGGGCUUCGGCGUUGCCUCCUCCAGUGUCGCAACGUUAAUUCAGAAAACACCGCGAGGAGGGCUGCUGUGGACCGGGUUCUGUCUGCGUUCAGGUCCAUAUGUGGUCCGGACGGCGUCUCGCUGGGAGAGGCGGUCAGAGAGCAGCACGGUAAAGACGAGUCCGUACACAAAUGUCGACCCCCAGAUGUGGUGGUGUUUCCACGCUGUGUGGAGGAGGUCAGCGCACUGGCCAAGGUCUGCCAUGAUCACAACCUUCCCAUCAUUCCCUUUGGCACUGGGACGGGCUUGGAGGGAGGCGUCGGCGCUGUGAAGGGGGGCGUGUGCUUCAGCCUAAGGAACAUGGACCAGGUCCUGGACCUUCACCCAGAGGACUUCGAUGUGACGGUGGAGCCUGGUGUGACCCGGAAAGCCCUGAAUGCUUACCUGCGUGACACCGGACUCUGGUUCCCCGUGGAUCCUGGAGCAGAUGCUUCCUUGUGUGGAAUGGCUGCCACCAGUGCAUCUGGCACCAAUGCAGUGCGUUACGGGACCAUGAGGGAAAACACUCUGAACCUGGAGGUGGUUUUGUCAGAUGGGAGGAUUAUACACACAGCUGGAAAAGGUCGACGUCCCAGGAAAACCUCGGCGGGCUACAACUUAACGAACCUGUUUGUGGGUUCAGAAGGCACCUUGGGGAUCAUUACCAAAACUACGUUACGCCUGUACGGCAUCCCAGAGGCCAUGGUGUCGGCGGUCUGCUCGUUUCCCUCCAUCCAGGCUGCGGUGGACAGCACCGUCCAGAUUCUCCAGGCUGGGGUCCCCAUCGCUCGCAUCGAGUUUCUGGAUGAUGUAAUGAUAGAUGCGUGCAACCGGUUCAGCUCCCUGACCUAUCCCGUGCUCCCGACGCUUUUCCUGGAAUUCCACGGAUCUGAGCGGAGCCUGGAAGAACAAGUCGCCACAGCUGAGGAGAUCGCCCAGAGUAACCACGGUUCCGAUUUUCAGUGGGCUCGAGACGCAGAAACACGAAGCCGGCUGUGGAAAGCCCGACACGAUGCCUGGUACGCCGCGCAGGCGCUCCGAGCUGGCAGCAAGGCUUACUCCACAGAUGUGUGUGUUCCUCUGUCUCGGCUGCCUCAGAUCAUCGUGGAGACGAAGGAAGACCUGCUUGAGAGCCGGCUAACUGGGCCGAUCGCGGGUCACGUGGGCGACGGUAACUUCCACUGUCUGAUGGUCGUGGAUCCCAACGACCCGGAUGAGCAGCACAGAGUCCACCUGUUCGCCGAGAGGUUGGCCAGGCGAGCGCUGGCCAUGGGUGGAACCUGCACCGGUGAGCACGGAGUGGGUUUGGGAAAGAGGGUUCUGCUGCAGGAGGAGGUCGGACCUCUGGCCAUCCAGGUCAUGCAGGGUCUCAAAGAAACCCUCGACCCAAAGAACCUGAUGAAUCCUGGGAAGAUCCUGCUGCAAGGAGACCCUUAGGUCUUAUUUUAGUUUAAGGAAUUACGAAAUGAUGAUCAGAUUUAAACUCUAGAAGGAAUCGCUGAAGCUGUGUGUCAGGAAUGUAGGUGAUAAAACUUAGUUUCCUUGACUUUGUUUGUUUAUUUUGUCUUGAUACCAGGACACUCGAGAAACCGGACCUGAUAAUAAAACACAGCGAUGAUUAAAUGAUUAUAUUAUAAACUUUAGAAAUGCGUCUGAUGCUGCUGGAUUUUAAAUCUCAUUUUGACCGGAUUUCUGUAAAGAAAUCUAAUUUAAGUGGUUUGAAAGGAAAACGUUUGUUUCUUGGUGUGUGAAUAUGUUGAGAACAUAUUAAAUCUUUACCUCAUUUCAAA